CCCAGCUCUAUAGUCUAUUCUUUCUUUAAUCUUUCUAUAUAUAUAUAUAACAUGAUGAAGAUUAUAAUUUUCCAAAAGAAUUUAAAGUUAGAUUGAUUGAGAAUAUAUGGAAAAGAGCAAGUCAUUGCCUGGAUACUCCUCGUCUUACUCGGGUGAAUAUGGAUUCCGGGAACAAUCAUCAUCAAACUCGUACAACUUUAAUGGGCCAUGUCAACAGGGAAACGGGUUUGCUACCUCAACUGAUCCAGAGCUCAAGAGGAAGAAGAGGAUUGCGUCUUAUAAUGUUUUCACCAUGGAAGGCAAACUCAAAUCAAACGUAAGGAGCAGCUUCAAGUGGAUCAAGAACAAGUUCAGCGAUAUACGUUAUGGUGUGUGACAGUACUCAUUCACAUAAAUGUGUUAUUACUCACUUCUCUCUUCUAUCUCACUUUUCAUAUAUUUUGUGUCAUGUCAUGCUUCUUCUCUUGUUUUAUUCGUAAUUAGAGGGAGAUCGAAGUUCUGCAAAACCAAAGUGAAAGAGGUGGAAAAAAUAUUCUUCCCUCAUUGGAAAACAAAAUUUAGAGUGUCAUGAUGUUUGAUAUUAUGUGUGAGACAUCCUUUGCGUGUAAAAAAUGAAUCCCAUGCAUCCCACCAGUACGCCCAUUUGGGUUGUGAUUAAGUUCUUAA